AUAAGUUAAGUUGCCUCCAAUUGCACGUUGUCACUUGGUGAACGUGUUUCCGAAGCAAGAAUGGAGGUACUAUGGGUGCUGACUCUGAUUGCAGCGGUGAUCCCCUUGUGGGCACUGCACAUGCUCAACUCGCUCUGGCUCAGGCCUAAGCGGUUGGAACGCUUUCUAAGAGCGCAAGGUCUUCAGGGUUACCCAUACUCCCUCUCACCACCCCAUGUGCAAUUAAAUGAGCCCAAACCCCAACCUUUUGCUCUCUCCAACGAUGUGGCGCCGCGUGUAUCCUCGCUCCUCUAUCACACCAUCUCCAAAUAUGGCAAGAAUUCCUUUAUAUGGGAAGGUACAACACCAAAGGUGGUCAUUUCGGAUCCAAAACAAAUCAAACAAGUCUUUAACAACAUGUAUGACUUUCAGAAACCAAAGUUAAGUGGCAUUGCCAAGUUCUUCAUCAAUGGUUUAGUAAAGUAUGAGGGUGAGCAGUGGGAUAAACAUCGAAGGAUUAUCAACCCAGCAUUCCACUUGGAAAAAUUGAAAAAUAUGCUGCCAGCAUUUUCUCUAAGCUGCCAUGAUAUGAUUAGCGUGUGGAAGGGAAUGUUGUCCUCAGAUGGAACAUGCGAGAUUGAUGUUUGGCCUUUCCUUCAGAAUUUGAGCUGUGACAUAAUUUCCAGAACAGCAUUUGGAAGCAGCUAUGCAGAAGGAAUGAAAAUAUUUCAACUUCUAAAAAUGCAGGGGUAUCUUUUCAUGACAGCAAAGUACAAGGACAUACCAAUAUUGCGGAAUCUACCAACAUCUACCAACAAGAAGAUGAACGCAAUUGAAAGAGACAUGCAUGAUUCAAUUGAGGGUAUCAUCAAAAAACGAGAGAAAGCCUUGGAGAAUGGUGAAACCUCCGAUGCAGAUUUAUUAAGCAUACUUUUGGAAUCAAAUCGCAAGGAAAUCAAGGGACAUGGAAACAGUAGGAGUGUUGGAAUGACCAAACAAGAGGUUAUUGAGGAAUGCAAAACAUUCUACUUGGCAGGGCAAGAGACCACUUCAACUCUGCUGGUUUGGACAAUGAUCUUAUUGGGUAGGUUUCCUGAAUGGCAAGCAAAAGCAAGGCAAGAGGUUCUUCAAGUAUUUGGAAAUCAAAAUCCAAAUUUUGAAGGGUUAAGUCAGCUUAAAAUUGUUACUAUGAUUCUAUAUGAGGUUCUAAGGUUAUACCCUCCAGCAAUUUUCUUUAGUCGCACUCUUCAAAAGGACAUGAAACUUGAAAACCUAUCACUACCUGCAGGAGUAAACAUUACCAUGCCAAUAUUUUUGAUUCACCUUGAUGCUGACAUCUGGGGUGAUGAUGCCAAGGAGUUCAAACCUGAAAGGUUCUCUGAAGGAAUUGCUAAGGUCACAAAAGGCCAAGUUUCAUUUUUCCCAUUUGGAUGGGGUCCUAGAAUAUGUAUUGGCCAAAACUUUGCCUUAUUGGAAGUCAAGAUAGGGUUAUCAUUGCUUCUGCAAAAUUUCUCAUUUGAGCUUUCUCCAUCCUAUGCUCAUGCUCCAACGAUUAUUCUCACUUUGCAGCCAAAACACGGGGCACACAUUGUUUUGCAUCAACUAUAAUGUUAUUCAUAUAUUUUACCCCAAAGGUCGAGGAUUCAAAUCUUGGAAAUUGUCUCAUUGCUUGAGGGGUAAGGCUAUGCAUAUCUACUAUUUUCAUCCUCACUAGCUUGGUUUAGUGUUUUGCAUUAGAUUGUUCUUUUGUAAUAUCAAUCAUAUCUUGUACAUGGAUUGAAAACUAUCCUUUAAGCAUCUUGUAAUGCAUGUAUGUUUGACUAUAUACUAUCUGGUGAAAGAAGAUAAAUUGUGUUAGUAACCCAAAUUUCACUACUAAUCACACCACUACUAGAUCCAAAGCCAGGCGCACAUCCAUUCCUCCAAUGUCUCAACUACUGUAUGUAAUGUAUUUUGUUUUUUAAAUUACCACGUGGAUGGUUUUCUUUUUGGAGCCAUUAAAGGUUCUUUAUUUUAGAAAGGGAUUGUACUUCCUUGAGACAAUUAUCAAUGAAGGAAGUAUUUCUUUUCUUAUAUUCAA